AUGACAAACACUCAUCGACGUCCUUCACUGACGGGGUUCUUUGCCUUUGUUGUGUUAUGGGUCAUACUUGCAACAUUCAACUUUGGAUUUGGAACAUCAGAAUUAAACCCUUUGCAAGGCGCAUUAACCUGUCCAUCCCCUGCACCUUCCUCAACAUCAACAUGCAUUGAGAUGACCAAUGCUCAAUUCGGAUACGUAACAGCAGGUUUCACUGUUGGUGGUUUUGUGGGAUCGCUUUGUUUAUCGCCGCUGAAAGCAGUUUUGCCCAUAUUGGGAUCGAGCAGUAAAGCUGCUUUAAUCUUAUCAGGCUUAUGGAACGUCGCUGGUGGCUUGGUUCAGGCAUAUGCAGGUUCAUGGCCCAUUCUCGCUUUGGGUAGACUGUUAAUGGGAAUCGGAAGUGGUAUCGCAUUAACGAUCGUACCCGGAUUCUUGAACGAUAUCUCACCUCCUGCAUUACAAGGAUCGAUUGGGGUUCUAAAUCAAUUAUCUAUCGUCAUUGGGAUCUUGGUCGCUCAAGCACUUGGUGUUUCAAGUCUUGGUGAUAAAGGAUCAAAUCGAUGGAGAAUCGUGCCUGUCAUUUCUGCUGCGAUUGCAUUGGCACAAUUGCUGCUUUCCCCAUUUGCGAUUGAAUGUCCGAGCGACUCCAAAGAACCUGAUUCGAUCAGGAAGAAGCUGUGGAAGACUGAACCGCAAGAAUCAAAUGGACACGAUCAAGCUAGAGAAGUUGAAGAGCCUCUAUUGACUCCCGAAGAGCCCGACGCUGAUACUGGCAGUAAUCAUAGCGGUUCACUUCACUCUCCGCCAGAGAAGCAUUCUGUGUUCUCUCUAUUGAGAUUAGCUUUAACCUUUGGAACAUUGAAUGGUGAAGAAGACGAAAUUCGCAAGGGCACACGUAUGAUCAUCUUUACACAAAUGGCACAACAGCUGAGUGGUAUCAAUGCUGUCUUAUACUACAGUACUGGUAUCUUGUCAGACGUACUAAAGAAUGGCGGUGGCAGCAAAGAAGAUGAUGACAAGACGGCAAAGCUGAUCGGACUGGGAAUCACAGUGGUGAACUUCCUGAUGACUUUCCCUCCGAUUCCGUUGAUCGAUGAACGUAGGGUGGGUCGCAAACGUCUUUUGCAAAUUUCUUCUGGCACAAUGGCCAUCUCAGCUCUGGCUUUGAGUUUGAGCAUGUUGAAUUCGGCAAGCGUGCCUGCAGCAGUGAGCAUCGUCACCUUCACUGCUGGAUUCUCGGCAGGUUUAGGUGCGAUUCCAUUCUUGAUCUUACCAGAGUUGGUACCUAGAUCAGUCAUUCCGUCUGCAAGUAGCUUGGGCAUCGCAUGCAAUUGGCUCGCAAACAUUACACUCUCCCUAAUCUUUUUACCCCUCAAAGAUGCACUAGGUGGAUAUGUGUUCUUCAUCUUUGCUGCCAUUGAUGCGAUCAUAUUCAUUACAAUCACAGGAUAUUACCGCUACAAACCGAUUUCUAACAUCCGUUCAAGGCCAGAAUGAAUGAGAAAUAUUUUAUAAUGUGUAAAUUAGUAGAGCAUUGAAUGAUAUUAUUUGACAAAAGAAAAUC